AUGACUCUGACGAACAGCUUCCCGUGGCCAACGGCCUUCCAACUACAGCUAGUUUUGGCCUCGCUGUUGAUCUACGUCUCCGUCGUGGCAGUUUACCGUCUAUACUUCCACCCGCUAGCCAAGUUCCCCGGUCCCAAGCUCGCCGCGCUGACAACCUGGUACAAUGGCUACCAUGAUCUUGUCCGCGGCGGCCAGUACGUCUGGGUGAUCGAGGAGAUGCACAAGAAGUACGGGCCAAUCGUGCGGACGCGCCCCGACACGCUGCACGUCAACGACCCAAGCUUCAUCGACAAGCUGUACUCGCAGUCGCCCAAGCAGCGGCGCGAGCGGUACCGGACGAUCAUCCAGACACUCCAGGCGCCGGGCUCGAUCCUCGCGUCGGUAGACCACGACCUGCACCGCCGACGGCGCGCCGUGCUCAACCCGUACUUCUCGCAGCAGAACGUGCGCCGCCUCGAGCCCGUCAUCAACGAGACGCUCGCGUCUCUGCUGCACCGCAUGGACGGCUGGGCCAGAGAGGGCGCGCCCGUGUCGAUGAACAGGGCAUUCAGAGCGGCGACGUCGGACAUCAUCCAGGCCUACGCGUUUGGUGGCGCCGGCCGGAAGUAUCUAGACAUGGAAGAUUGCAAUGCCGGUUUCUUUGAUGUGCUCACGCCGCAGCGGGUGUGCCAUCUUGGGACACAUGUCUACUGGCUUGCCAAGUUCAUGGCCAACCUCAAUCCUGCCAUCAUGACUUAUCUGUUACCUAGAAUUGGUAUCUUCGCGACGUUCAUGCAGGGUGGGCAGGAUCUCUUCGACCAGAUCGAAGAAAUCCGCAACGCGAAGGAUCUUCCGGAGGGCCGGACUAUCUUCCACGAGAUCAUGCGGUCCGACAUCCCAGAGUCGGAGAAGGAGACCAAGCGCCUUGGCGACGAGGCCAUGAUCAUAAUGAUAGCGGGCUCGGAGACGACGGCGUCGACGCUCGCCGCCAUCAUGUACCACCUGCUGGCAGACAAGCAGAUGCUGGCGAGGCUGAAGGACGAGCUCGAGUCGGUCAUGCCGGACCCCAACGAGCUGCCCGUGGCGUCGAGGCUGGACAACCUGCCCUUCCUCAACAGCCUCAUCCAGGAGACCAUCCGCCUCUACCCCGGCGCCACCCACCGCCAGGACCGCGUCGCGCCCGACGAGGACCUCGUCUACGAACACCCAGACGGGCGGACUUUCGUCAUACCCGCCGGCUCGGCCGUGGGCAUGACGGCGCCGAUCAUCAACCGCCAUCCGGACCUGUACGAGCGUCCCGACGACUUCCUUCCGGACCGGUACCUGGAGAACCCAAAGCUGCUGAGGUAUCAGUUCGCGUUCUCGAAGGGCGCGCGGCAGUGCAUCGGCAUGAAUUUGGCCUAUCAGGAACUGCAAACAUUGAUUGUGGGCUUGUUCCGUCGGUACGAUGUAUACGACGCGGCGAAGAAGGAGCAGGGCGGCCCGACGCUGGAGCUGUUUCAGACGGGGCGCGAGGACAUUGCUAUGCAUGCGGAUUAUAUCACGCCGGGCCAGUGGGAGGGGAGCCAGGGACUGAGAGUCAGGAUUCGGCAGUGA